ACUCCCAGCUGCAGCUUGCCCCACUCCACAUUGCUCCUCAGCUCUCACCCACAAAGCCACCAUGCCUUGCCGCUCUUACCGAGUCAGCUCUGGUCACCGGGUGAGCAGCUUCAGUUCUUGCUCAGCAAUGGCCCCCCAGAACGUGAACCGCUUCCGGGCCAGCUCUGUCUCCUGCAGAAGUGGGUCUGGCUUCCGGAGCCUGGGUGGCUUUGGUAGCCGGAGCGUCAUCAACUUUGGAUCAUCCUCACCCUGGAUAGCAGCCAGGUGCUCUCGUCCCAUCCGUUGUGGAAUUGGCUUUGGAGCUGGCAAUGGGAUGGCCUUUGGCUUCAGUGAUGGGAGCGGAGUUGGCCUGGGCUUUAGGGCCGGCAGUGGUGUUGGCCUGGGGUUUGGGGCUGGCAGUGGCCUUGGCUAUGGUUUCGGCGGCCCUGGCUUUGGCUACAGAAUUGGAGGCAUUGGAGGAAUUGGAAGCCCAGCAGCUCCCUCUAUCACAUCUGUGACUGUUAACCAGAGCCUGCUGACUCCCCUCAACCUGGAGAUUGACCCCAAUGCCCAGAGGGUGAAGAAAGAUGAGAAAGAACAGAUCAAGACCCUCAACAACAAGUUUGCCUCCUUCAUUGACAAGGUGAGAUUCCUGGAGCAGCAGAAUAAACUCCUAGAGACCAAAUGGAGCUUCCUCCAAGACCAGAAAUGUGCCCAGAGCAACCUGGACCCUCUUUUUGACAAUUAUAUCACCAAUCUGCAGAGGCAGCUGGAUGUACUGGUCAGUGACCAGGCUCGGCUGCAGGCUGAAAGGAACCACAUACAGGAUGUCCUAGAGGGCUUCAAGAAGAAAUAUGAAGAGGAAGUGGGAUGCCGAGCCAAUGCUGAGAAUGAGUUUGUGGCUCUGAAGAAGGAUGUGGAUACAGCUUUCCUAAAUAAAUCUGAUCUAGAAGCCAAUGUGGAUACCCUAACCCAAGAAAUCGAGUUCCUGAAGGCCCUGUACUUGGAGGAAAUUCAGUUGCUGCAGUCACACAUCUCAGAGACAUCUGUCAUUGUGAAGAUGGACAACAGCCGAGACCUGAACCUGGAUGGGAUCAUAGCCGACGUCAAGGCCCAAUACGAAGAGGUGGCCAGGCGCAGCCGUGCAGAUGCUGAGAGCUGGUACCAGUCCAAGUAUGAGGAGAUGCGGGUGACAGCUGGCCGACACUGUGACAACCUACGCAACACGCGGAAUGAGAUCAGUGAACUGACCCGACUGAUCCAGAGGCUGAAGGCAGAGAUUGAGCAUGCCAAGGCUCAGCGUGCCAAGCUAGAGGCCACAGUCGCUGAGGCAGAGCAGCAGGGCGAGGCAGCCCUCAACGAUGCCAAGGGCAAGCUAGCAGAUCUGGAGGGCGCCCUGCAGCAGGCCAAGCAGGACAUGGCGCGACAGCUGCGGGAGUACCAGGAGCUCAUGAACGCCAAGCUGGGCCUGGACAUCGAGAUAGCCACCUACAGACAGCUGCUGGAGGGCGAGGAGAUACGGAUCUGUGAAGGUGUUGGUCCUGUAAACAUAUCUGUGAGCAGCUCCCGAGGUGGAGUGCUAUGCGGCCCUGAGUCCUUUGCCUCUGGCUCCAGCAUCUCCAGAAAUAGCGGGGUUGCCUUCUCCAGCAGCAGUGGCAUUGGUGCCACGGGAGGAAUCCUGACUUCCUGCAGCUCGAAACUGAGGGCUGGUGGGUACCUGCUGAGCUCUGGGACCAGAGGGAGCUCCGUGCUAGUGGGUGACGCCUGCGUCCCCAGCAUCCCCAGCCCACUGCCCACCGACAGCGGCUUCAGCAGCUGCAGUGGUAACCGCAGCUCCAGCGUCCGAUUCUCAUCCACCACGACCUCCCGCAGAACCAGGUACUGA